AUGAGCCCGAUCAGUCCGUUAAGGAAAGAAGAUGGUUUGGUUGCUAGAUAUGUCUUUGCGAAUGAUUACAAUACUGGUUCAGGAUGGGUAUGGGGCAGAUGGAUUCUAUUUGUCAUAUUCGUGGUCUUUAUACUAGGGUUAGGCCUGACCACUUUAAGAGUGAAUAAGAGAAGGCGUCAUCUGGGACAAGCUCCCAUUAGAGGUACAGCUUGGAUGACUCCUCCUUCGUAUCGACAGUCACAGAGACAGUACAAUGGUAACCCUGCGACCACAGAGGAUUACGUUCCUCAGUAUACUGCAACGGCGAACGACCAGGAUUUGGGUUACUACGAUGAACGAGGAGAGUUUCAUUUGAAAUCCGAUGGACAGCCUAUGCCGACCGUGGUCCGUGAGGCAGGGUCUGAUUCUUCUGAUUCACUUGAGAGACCUGGUGCGGCAGUUACCAGAGACUCUCUUUCGACGGAUAUCGAUGAACAAGAUUUUAGGAGGUAUAGACCCACUACAGCUCCACCAGCAAGUACAUCGGACAGUCAGCAGGGGGUUGAGAGAAGGGCAAGUGAAGACCCUGUUGAAUUGCAGUCCAUAACGGUUCCCGAGAAAGCUAAGGGUCGUAACAAUUAG